AUGCUUGUGUCGCUUCUCAUACUCCAAGCUACGAGCAUACUUGCCUCGCUCGACCGCCGCGCCGGUGCCUCGGCGUGCAGCUCGUCAGCCGAUGGCAAGUACAAGCUCAGUCAGGUGGACGCACCGUCUCUGGGCGGGAGCAAUCCCGGACUCGACACGUGGGACCUGACGAUAGCGGACAAGACGGGCCUGCGACAGACCAUCAAGGGCUUUGGCGCGUGUGUGACCGACGGCACUGUCACGGCCUUGAACAAGCUGCCGGCGGACCAACGCAGCGCGCUGCUCAAAGACCUCAUGGGCCCGGACGGGCUCAACUUCAACCUCAUGCGCCACACCGUCGCUAGCUCCGACCUGUCGGCGGACCCGGCGUACUCCUACGACGACAACGGCGGCAAGCCGGACACGGGGCUCUCGGGCUUCAACCUUGGCGACCGCGGCGACGCCAUGGUCUCAAUGCUAGCCGAAAUGCGCCGCCUGCAGCCCGACUUGACCAUCCUUGGCUCGCCGUGGGCGCCGCCAGGUUGGAUGCAGCUCGACGGGGUCAUCACAGGGACCACGACGAACAACAACCUCGACCACCAGUACGUCGACGCCUACGCGCAAUACUUUGUCAAGUACCUGCAGGCGUACGAGCAGGGUGGCGCGCACAUCGACGCCAUCACCAUUCAGAACGAACCGCUCAAUAGCCGCGCCAAAAUGCCUACCAUGUACAUCUUCGCAGACGAGUCUGGCGCGUUGAUUCGGGACAAUGUUGGGCCGGCCAUCAAGAAGGCGGGACUGAAUACGCAAGUCUGGGCCUUUGACCACAACACGCAGGACUAUGACUACCCUGAGACCGUCGUGAACAUGAACGGCAAGGACACGGUACAGGCGGCCGCGUGGCACUGCUACUCGGGCAAUGACCCGGCGAACUGGCAGCCUCUGUCUCGCUUCCAUGACCAGUUCCCGGACCGUGAACAGUACAUGACUGAGUGCUGGACGGCCGUGGGCACAACCGACUGGGUGCACUCGUCCAGCUUCGCGCUGAUGCCGCUCCAAAACUGGGCCAAUGGCAUCAUCGCAUGGGCGCUCGGUACCUUCACCGGCGGCGGGCCCGUCAUCAGCGGCGGCGACGCGUGCGGCAUCUGCACGGGGCUGGUGACGGUGGACCCCAACGGCGGCUCGUACAAGAAGGAGAUUGAUUACUACAUGAUGGGGCAGUUCAGCCGCUUCAUGCCCAAGGGCGGCCGCGCGCUCGCCGGCACGGGCAGCUACCUCUUUGACGAUGGCACGGGCAUCGAGUCGGUAGCAACGCUGAACCCGGACGGGACGCGCACGGUUGUGAUACAAAACAGAUACGACCACGACAUUUGGGUGCAGCUGGGGACCGAGAGUGACGGCAAGUGGAAUGGCAGAGCGUACGCUAGGGCGGUGACGACGUGGGUGCUGCCGAAAGCUUGA